GGUCAGACUCAUCGGACAAAACGCAGGACAAGGGCAUCCAAAGACUCAAAUACAGUCUCUCUUUAGUCAAAGCCCAUAAGAAAUCCCUCUGAAGCUGCGAAGAAAAUUGGAUCGGUUUUUCUUCUCUGCAAGAUAGUUUUUCUGUCUCUUUCUCUCUCUCUCACACGCACAAGUACACAAACAUUUGGAUCGAGGAAAUUGCAAAAUGUGAGGGAUUUACAGCUUCACAAGACUUCGAAGCUCAGGUUAUAACAGUUGCAUUGGUUGGCGUGGCUGGUCUGCUUUAAGAAUCUGCAAACAUCUUUCCUCCAAAUCUCUUCAGAAUUUAUGGCUACUGCCGGUACAGCUCCUGCUUCAGCUGUUGGAAAACCAUCAGGGGAGGCAAUGAUUGUUGACAAGCUCCCAGAGGAAAUCAAUGAAAUGAAGAUCAGGGAUGAAAAGGUUGAAAAGGAAAUGGAAGCAACAGUGGUAGAUGGAAAUGGAACCGAAACUGGACACAUUAUAGUAACCACAAUUGGUGGUCGAAAUGGUCAACCCAAACAGACCAUAAGUUACAUGGCGGAGCGUGUUGUUGGACAGGGCUCAUUUGGUAUUGUGUUUCAGGCCAAGUGUCUAGAAACUGGAGAAACUGUUGCAAUUAAGAAGGUCUUGCAGGAUAAGAGAUAUAAGAACCGUGAAUUGCAAACAAUGCGCCUUCUUGAUCAUCCUAAUGUUGUGUCACUAAAACAUUGCUUCUUCUCAACCACGGAAAAGGAUGAGCUCUAUCUCAAUUUGGUGCUUGAAUAUGUACCUGAGACAGUAUAUCGUGUAGCAAAGCACUACAGCAAGGCAAAUCAGCGGAUGCCCAUGAUAUACGUCAAACUCUAUACAUAUCAGAUAUGUAGAGCUUUGGCAUAUAUUCAUGGAGGCAUAGGCGUAUGCCACAGGGACAUAAAGCCUCAGAAUCUACUGGUUAACCCCCAUACUCACCAGGUCAAGCUAUGUGAUUUCGGAAGUGCAAAAGUUCUGGUAAAAGGUGAGCCAAAUAUAUCAUAUAUUUGUUCCCGUUAUUAUCGAGCACCUGAACUUAUAUUUGGAGCAACUGAAUACACUACUGCAAUUGACAUCUGGUCUGUGGGUUGUGUUCUUGCUGAACUGCUGCUCGGACAGCCUCUCUUUCCUGGUGAAAGUGGAGUUGACCAGCUAGUUGAGAUUAUUAAGGUGCUUGGUACACCAACUCGUGAGGAAAUCAAAUGUAUGAACCCAAACUAUACGGAGUUUAAAUUCCCACAAAUCAAGGCCCACCCCUGGCAUAAGAUAUUCCACAAGCGCAUGCCCCCAGAAGCAGUAGAUCUUGUCUCGAGGCUUCUUCAGUACUCUCCGAAUCUGAGGUGCACUGCCUUAGAGGCCUGUGUCCACCCAUUUUUUAAUGAACUUCGUGAUCCUAAUACCCGUCUUCCUAAUGGACGUCCCUUGCCGCCUCUCUUUAACUUCAAACCUCAAGAGCUGAAAGGAGCAACUUUGGAGCUUCUGUCCAAACUGAUACCAGAGCAUGCCCGGAAACAAUGCCCUUUCCUUGCUUUGUAGACACUGUAGAAUGAAACGCUGAAUGGAUGUAAUGAUUGUAAGAUUGUAUGUAUCACGUUUGUCCUGCUUGCUUUCUGCAGGAAUUAGUGCUGCCGCGAUUGUUAUUAUAUGUACUUUUUCAACUUUCAAGUACUUGAUUGACUAUCCAUGCCUGCUACUAUUUUUCCUUUUGCCUGUGGACACAGUACACUAUGUAAAACACUCGAGGGUGAUUAUUAGCCGAUCGUGUCUGUAAUCAUAAAGUAAUAACUCAAUGUACAGUUGCUUGCUCUC